AGCCAGCUGCCCUGCUCUAAACACUCCAUUGCAAGAAGAGUAGAAGAAAGAAGCGACCUGCAUGCAUCCCCCCUACCAGUGUGCUCAAAGUACACUGGCAAAGCAGCUGCCAGCUCUACAAACGGCAGACAAGCGUCUACAAAUUGUAGAUUUCGAUCUUGCAUAGGAGUCCGUAGAAGUGUUACUGCUUCAAAUUCUCAGGACUCAAAGGGCACUUGCUGCCCUGAGAGGGGGGCCUUUCAAGCAAGCUGACCUCUGAGGUUAAGCAGAAUCAGUUUGUGUGGAGGAGGGUAAGAGGGUACAGGCAGCAGUUAGCAGGAGGUGAGAGGCCACGGUGAACUGCUGCACUUCUCAAGAAGGAGACGACGUCCCUAACCCUGAUGGCCACGGGAGGAAUCGCAACACUUCCCGCUACACCUGAAGACGGCGGCAGCAGCGGUUUUCCUCCUGGGAACUUCAAGGACCCUAAAAGGCUGUACUGUAAAAAUGGUGGCUUCUUCUUGAGGAUAAAAUCUGAUGGAGGAGUGGAUGGAAUACGAGAGAAAAACGACCCCCACAUAAAGCUUCAACUCCAGGCGACCUCAGUGGGAGAAGUGGUCAUCAAAGGGAUUUGUUCAAACCGAUAUCUGGCAAUGAACAGAGACGGACGACUGUUUGGAGCGAGAAGAGCAACAGAUGAGUGCUACUUCUUAGAGCGGCUCGAGAGCAACAACUACAACACCUACCGCUCCAGGAAGUACCCAAACAUGUACGUGGCGCUGAAGCGGACUGGCCAGUACAAGUCUGGAAGCAAAACUGGACCGGGUCAAAAGGCAAUUCUCUUUCUCCCAAUGUCUGCUAAAUGCUAAUCUGGGCUCAGAGUGAGAGAUACUGAUGUCUGAAUGAAAAGAUGUGACGGCAAUGAAGCAAGCCAUCAGCAUUGCCCAAAAUAGCUGUGAAGCUUUACUGUUAGAUCCUAACAGUUAUUAUUUUAUCAUAAACAUGUCUGCAAUUAUUCAGCUUCACUUUAAAAUUAGCACCAUAUAGUCAUACCUUUUAUUAUAUUAUAAUAAUAUUAUUACUAUUGUUAUUAACCAGAAUUUUACUGUAGACCAACCAACUGGAGCCAGCUGCCUAGUGCAUCUCAGUUAAACAGCAGUACAACACAGUGGGUUUUU